UCGCGCAAAUUAUUUGCAACGUCCUGCACAAGAACCUAGCACUUCCACGAACGUAGUGCCCCAAAUCCGCAUGAAAAACUUUCUUCGGAUCGAAGAAUAAAAGAGUCGAACUUCGUUCAAUUAUACUUACUUCACUGCCUUCUACUUAUUUCCACAAAUUGAUAUAGCACAACUUCUGUCCUUCUAAAAUGGAUGCGAGAGAUGAAAUUGACCGCCCAGCUGCUUCCAGCACCGCACUGGAUUCCGACUCCAAUCCUUCCGCAAUUAUCCCCGCUCGCACAUCACAAGCGAAAACCGGUGUGCGCCAAGUCGGCGGGCGCCGCGUUCGGCAGGCGGGGUCCUCGACGAAGCGGGUUAUUUUGGUGGAUAAAAACCACGGAGCACACGACAAGAAGCGAGCUCUUGCCCAAGGUCUACAACAAGAACUUCGCCGGGUCAUUCAAAAUGCCUCCAAGAACAACGGGGUCGUCCACGACGACCAGGUUGCGGUCGCCAAAAAGCUUCAAAAGAUGCUGGGACUCAGUCCCCGUGUAGUCUUGCGACGCGACAAGCGGCUGGCAGCUGCGAUCACUGCGCUUCUGUCUCUGCACUCCUGCGGUCGUGUUCUUGUACCCAUGAACAUCAUGCUACAGCCACCGGCCGUAGCUGCUGCCAUGUCCUCCGCCUCCGCAUCUUCAGCCCAGGGAACUACAAGCAGCGGCCGUGGACAACCAGGACAGGAGAAUGUUUCGGAGGAGAACCUCCUGCCCUUGCUGGAUUUCUUGUUGGGCAUGAGCAAGGAUCGUGGGAAGAACGACCACAUGGACACGUUCGAAAAGCUUCGCGAGCGGCUAAAUGUGCGGAAAAACCUGCGGGACCACGGGGACGAGCGCCAAGGCUUUUUCAACCUGGUACUUGCCCACCUGGACGCGGUGCUUGAGUUCUUGGGCGUGCACCCCGCGUUUCGGUUCGCGAGAACAACAACUGGAAGUACAACCACGGAAAAGACCUGGAAGUACAACCUCGCAAGUUCGACCAUGGAGAAAUAUCAAAUGUAAAAAUGUAUGGGUCUUGAGGAAUGCAACUUGUGAUGCUGCAUUUGGAUUCCAUAAAAAAUCUGUAUUGCAUGAGUACCAAAGGAAAUGCAACUUUUGCUACACUGAGAAAGCAUUUUUCAUGCGGAUUACGCAUCAAGAAGCCCUGAAAAAAUCUGUAUUGCUAGGGUAUGCAUCACAGACAUCAUGGCUCAUGCAAAACGUGCAUGACAAGUGUCAGAAUCUUCCAGACCCAGACAUUUUUACAGUUGAUAAGAAAAUCAAAAGUACUACGGAGGGGCCGUUUGCCGUGUUGGUUGAAGACGCGGAGACCCGACGCGUCCGCCAGGCCUUCACCGCUUACCACCCCCCGGCCGUGACCGGCAAGCCGCGGAAGCCGUCCUCAUACCAGCGGGCGUUGGCUAACAAAAAGGAGCCCGCGGACACCUCUGCCAGUGGUCACCUGGAGCAGCUCAUCUCGCGCUGGCUGGAACGCAUGCGGUUGAAAGUGGUGCACCCGCUCAUCAACUUUGCGCAGGACUGGAAGGAAUCGGCUAUCGCGUGGGACCACCAGAUCACAUACGACCAGCCGCACCGCCUGUUUCAGAACUAUCGGGACGCUCUCCCGUAUGACCCCUAUUCACUAUCAGCUCGAUACUCAUGAUCCUGCUCCCGUGGAAGUUGACUUCUUCUGAACACAACGACCCAUCAAGGAAGAAUUCUUCAACAAAGUGCUGGCAUGAAAGCUGCUGAUGCGAGGAGGGUAGUCUUUACUUAUUUCGGUAGUGCGUUCUUAGUUUGAACUUAUUUCGGUAGUGCGUUGUUGUUUUCGGCACUGGCAUUGUCAAUAGCUACGCUGCUGCCUCUCCCUCUACGGAAGAGGCAUGCGGUUUUUGUAGAGUUUUGACCAACUACCUGAACUUUCGUGGGGCCUGUGCGUGGCUGGCGAGCGAAUACUUCGACAAACCGCUGUCUAUUAUACAGAAAAAGGUAAAGAAGUAAUGUCGUUGCACAGUUAGUACGGAAACCUUGAAGAAGUUCAGAACCGCAAUGACAACUAGUAGUUCCUGGUCCUCUUCUUGCAUAGAACAGCGUAUUUAUUAACUUCCUGACGCAAGAAAAGUACAACUGCCACAAAUUUCGGUUGCAUAUUGGUACCGAAGGUCGGGCAGUGGUCCAUCGGUUCCGGAGGGAAAAUUCUUUGACUCGGAUGGGGAGGUGAAUAAGGAGGUAUUGAAGCGGUGGCGGGACAUACCCUGGGCGAUUCGUCUUUUCGUCUACCCCACGCUGAGCCCGGACGACCAAAACAUGGCGACCCCCGUAUCAAACGGGAGCAAAGCUGCAAAGGGCUGCUCUAUUUUCAUCUCCGAGGCGCUUAACGAGUGUUACUCAUUUUGCAUUUGACCAGCUUGGUUCUUCUGUGUUUGCCUCCUUGGGGAAUAAGCGGAAAAAAGAUUGAUGUCAUGGAGUAUGGAAAAGGCGACAUCAGAAAGAACUGAUUUUUAGGUACACACGACAAAUCGUGAUUUUUAUGUUUAUUAUGGUCUACUUUACGGGGAAAAAGACAAAGAGGAGCCCGUGUUUUGCUGGCGAUACCGUGGCGAAAGUGGUAUCCCAGAACUCGCAAUGGAUGACAGCCUUCUGAAGACCGUGGAAGUGCUAUGUUGUGUAAGAACGCACCUGCCCCACAGCUAAAACGUAAAUUCCGUACUUAGUUUGAGGUGCGAGUUGCCCAUGACAAAACUGGCUUCGCAAUUUCCAUAUCGACCAGGUAGCAACGUUGCCCUCAUACAGAGCAAUUCGCUGCUUCUCCUGAUUGGCGCUCCAUCCAGGAUAAAUCCAUAGUCUUGUGGUCUACUUGUUGAUAGUAUUAUUACAGUCUAGUCUUAUACUCUUGAGAGGUGAUCAACAUUACACGUGUUUCUUCUACAAAUGCAAAUAUUUUCAAAUCUGAAUGACAAAAAUACAUAUCGUCCUACUAGCGUGGGUGGGGGCGUUUUUUCCAGGGAUAAGUUUUCCUGAACGGGCGGUCAACCGAGCUGUUGGAUGAGAACCCACAGCCCGUGGGAACUCCGCGGAGAGCGGCCUCUUCGGCAGAGGAGCUUGCGAAAAAUCCGAUGAAGCAGUUUCUGUACAAGUUUUUUGUUGGGGACGAAGCGAACAAGCAUGAAGUUUUGCAGAAGGCCACGUCUACGCAGCCCGUUCCGGAGCGGCAGCAGACCCGCGGAGUCGAGCAGCCGCAACGUGAAGACGAUGCCCGUGCAAAGAAACCGUUUCUGGCCAGAAGCGGGGACAACAACAACAAGAACGCAGGGAGGGACCACGAGGUCCGCGAGCAAAGCCUAAGCGGCGCGUCGGCGGGAACCACAUCAACAACGCCGGAGUUGUUGUCGCAGGAAGAGCAGAAGCUCGUUGCGCAGUACCGAACGGAUUACCUGAGUCGGUGCGUGUCCCCCAACUUGCACAAACAUUUCAUCAUGGAAAUCGCACGGUGGGGCGCGCCGCGCGACUGGUUUGCCGCGAUCUUGCAGACGUAUGUGGACCAGAAGGCGGAGGACAAGGCGGAGCUUCUGGGGCGGGAAUACUUGGCGGGCGGGACGUGCGAAGUUCCCGCGGCAGCUGAGUCUUUUUUCCCACACGCGGGACAGGAAGGCUCCCAAAACGCGCAGUGCAGGGACAGCACCGGCGUAUUCCUGAAUAUUUGGCAGGAAGGUCAACUUUGAAGGAACUGCUUGUCGUGCCUUUUUGAGACAAUUUUUCAGUUUCGGUCACGUGCUGAGAUUUGUCUUGAUCUUGCAAAAUGCCGGAAGCUUACUUUUGUUUUCCUCUCCUGUUCGUUCGGAAGAGCCCAUUUCGCUUGCUUUCGACGUCUCUUGAUGUCUAAACAAGCAUCUCCAUCAAUCUGCGCACAUGGACAUAAAAUCUUCAUUCAUGCUGGAGCACGGUGCAUUCAUCUUUUGCAGUGUCUUUCCUUCGCGCACAGAUCAUAUUUGAUUUCCUUUAAACGCGAAACAAGCCCGAGAAGGCAGAUUGUGUUGAAAAUUCUUAACUAUUGAAACGCUAUAUCUUCAAAAAUUUCCAAAAUUUGUUACCGUUUUCUGUUGUACGCAAAACCAAACACCAGUGGUAGAGUCAGUUUGCUUUGUUUUCUGCCUAGGUACACGUGUUGAAAUUAAUUCGUUUAACAAGUAGAAUUUUUGUUUUGAACAUGCGCAUAAUUUGUCUCGACUUUACAGUAUUGAUUCAGUAUCGACCUCACGUUUGGGUAUUUCAUCAUCAUCGUCAGCUUUUUU